AUGGCAUCACUCAAUAAACUCGACAUUAGAGAAAUACGGAUAAUCGAGAUACCCGAUUCAAUAGGACAACUUACAAGCUUGAGUGAGCUACUUAUGGGCAAUUAUAAACUAUCAAGGUUACCUGAUUGCAUUUUCCGGUUAAGUUCUCUUGAAAUGCUUGAUUUGAGUUGGGGCACUGCCCUUUGUUCUAUACCGGAAGGCUUAGGAGACAUGGAGCUAUUAAAGAAGCUUGACCUUUCUGGGACAUGCAUUGAGGUCAUACCUGAUUCUAUUGGACAACUUAUUAACCUCCGUCUGCUAUCUUUGAGGAACUCAGAAUGCUUGAGAGAGAUACCCAAUUCCAUUUGCCAACUAAAGUUGUUGAAAUCCCUCAACCUUAGAGGAUGUUUUUCUCUCUGCUCUUUGCCAGAAAGAUUAGGGGACAUGGAGAAACUGGAGGAGCUUAUUCUAGACAGUACAAGAAUAGAGGCCAUACCCAAUUCAGUUGGACGACUUGACAACCUUCGUCUGCUAUCUUUAGAAGGUUGCAAACUCAUAAAAUCAUUACCUGGUUCCAUAAGACAAUUGACAUCCAUACGACUGUUGAAAAUGUCUGCAACCAGCUUAAAGAGUUCUGAGGACGACCUUCCUCAUUUUGCAGCAAUUAAUAAUAUUGAAUUGACAAGUUCAUCUUUGGAGAUGCUUGGCUUGUGCGACCAAUCUCACAAAGCCAUAAAACAUCUUCACUUGAAUGAUGCUGCAAUAGAAGAGUUUCCUGAUUGUGUUGGAAGGAUGGAAAACCUUGAGGAGCUGCAGCUGGAUUGUGAAAUGCUGAAAGAAUUGCCCAAUUGGAUUGAGGGGUACUUCAAAAACCUUACCAAAUUAGAGGUUAGGAGCAAGCAUCUAAAAGCUCUGCCUGACUGCAUUGGGCCACUUGAGCAACUUAGUAAGUUGAGCCUCAUGUGUGAAAACCUUAAAGCUUUACCCAACUCAAUCGGAUCAUUGAAACGGAUGUUACGGUUUACAUUGAAUUGCGUGAACCUCAAAGCUCUCCCUGCUUCGAUUGGAGAGUUGGAAAAUAUUUCCUUUUUCCAAAUUGAAUCUGCAAAUUUGAAAGCCCUCCCAAGCUCGAUUGCAUUGCUAGGAAGGGUUGAUCAUUUGGAGCUACAUUGCAUGAGCCUCGAAGCUAUACCUAUUUUGUUUGGAGGUUUGAAGCAACUUAGACAUUUUGAGGUGUGGUCUAACGGUCUUGAAGCUCUACCUGACUCUAUUGGGUUGCUGAAAAGAGUUUCAAGUUUAGAAUUAAAGUGCCCAAACCUCAAGACUCUACCUGAUUCUAUUGGAGGAUUAAAAAGCCUUGAAUACUUUAAGGUUGGGCUCGCCUCACAUCCUUAG